GAUCUACAUCGGUCCAGACGCACGUCCACCUCGACUCAGCCAUUUCGACAAGUCAGUCUCUUCGCGGGCUGGCCUCCGGCGGUAUGCGUGAGGCACCAGUUUCAAGAAGACAACGCGGACGAAAUGCUCCGCCUCUUUCGAGCAGCCGGUAACGCUUGUCCUUUCGCGCGGAAGACCAACGUUUUCAAUGUCUACGCGGCUUUUUGGUCAGUAUCUCAGACUUCACCAUGUCGGGCUUUGACGUCUCAGUCUGCAGUAUCUCAGCAGCCUUCGUCAACUCAACUUUCCCCAACUCAACUUUCGCCAACUCAACUUUCGCGCCUGCCAUCCCAGUCUCUGCCAUCUCAGCCUCCGCCGUCUCGGCCUCCGCCGCCUCAAGCUCCCUUGGUCAAAUAUAUCCCUCAGCGAAGAUGGCAACGAUGGAGCGCCGAGGAGAGUGACACUUUCUCGAAGCUUUACAAGUCCGGCAAGGCCGACCACGAGAUCGCAGCCAGACUCAAGCGAUCGUGGUCGUCAGUCCGAAACCGUGCCAAUAAGCUGCGCAACAGAGGCGAUAUCGCCUACAGAUCGAGUGGCCCUGGCACACCGUUCACUCCAGAGGAAGAUGCGCGCCUAUUGUCAGCGAGACAGCAAAAGUUAAAAUGG